UCUCUGUGUAUUGUAUUAUUCUCUCUCUCUCUCUCUGUUUCAACGGGCGAGUUUUUUUCGAAACAAAAGUGAAAGCUUUUUUGGUGUUUUUGACACACAGACGUUUCGUUUCUAUCUCUAUCUCUUUGUGUUUUUGGGUCAAAAGGGUUUCAGUUUUUAUUUCUCUUUCUUUAUCGAUGAGCUCCACUGCGAUUCCCGCCACUUCUUUACAAGAAGAGAGAUGUUAACAGGAGGAGGAAAUGGACGAGGCGAAAAUAGAGGAGUGCUGCCUUGAAAAUAAGCAAUUAACAGCAGCUUCGAGCUCAUCUCUAUCUGAAGGCAGUGGCAGUGCUACUCUUAAGUCUCCUGGAGUAUCCAGUCCAGCCACAGCUUCACCAACGCAUAGGAGGACUACUGGGCCAAUAAGGCGAGCAAAAGGUGGCUGGACUCUAGAGGAGGAUGAGACAUUACGCAAUGCUGUUGCUGCUUUUAAGGGGAAAAGUUGGAAGAAAAUAGCUGAGUUUUUCCCUGAUAGAUCAGAAGUGCAAUGUCUGCAUCGAUGGCAGAAGGUUCUUAAUCCAGAUCUUGUUAAAGGACCAUGGACCCAAGAGGAGGAUGAUAAGAUUACGGAACUGGUAGCAAAAUACGGACCCACAAAAUGGUCUGUCAUAGCAAAGUCGUUGCCUGGUCGUAUAGGGAAACAAUGUCGAGAAAGGUGGCACAAUCAUUUGAAUCCUGAUAUUAAAAAAGAUGCUUGGACAUUGGAGGAGGAAAUGGCGCUCAUGAAUGCCCAUAGGAUACAUGGAAAUAAAUGGGCUGAAAUAGCUAAAGUUUUGCCUGGAAGGACUGAUAACUCCAUUAAGAACCACUGGAAUAGUUCCUUGAAGAAAAAAUUAGAUUUCUACUUGGCUACAGGGAAACUUCCUCCAGUUGCAAAGAGCGAUAUUGUUUUUUCUUCACGGAAACUUCCUUCAGUUGCAAAGAAUGGUAGCCAAGAUGGAAUCAAAGAUAUAAAUAAUAAACAUUCUGUUUUCAAAAUGUAUAAAGAAUCAGAUUCAACAGCACAAACUUCAUCAGGAACUACUGAUGUAUGUAAGCUAGAAGAAGAUAGUAAGAAUCAGUUAGAGUCAUCACUUCUGGUGCGAGAUUUGGCAACGUCGUCAAGUUUUCUUCCAAAUGAGUCUGCUGAUUCUGAAGGUGUAGAAUGUAAACCUAAUUCUUUUACCGCAGAUCUUAGCUGCUGUAAUUCAGAGCCACUACGGAAAUGCGAGAGUUGUGGGAUAAAUAAUGAAAUUGGUGAAGGCAAAUUUAUUGGGUCUCAAUUGCAUUUUGGAACAUCAAGUUAUGGUUCUUUGUAUUAUGAACCACCACAAUUAGGAAUUUGUACUCCAAUACACGUGGAUCCUUUAAUUGUGCAUCAUGUUCAGCACGAGUACUGCUCUAGCCCAAUUGCUUCUCCUAUUAGUUUCUUCACUCCACCUUGUGUGAAGAAUAGUGAUUUGAGUUCCCAAAGCCCUGAAUCUAUAUUGAGAAUAGCUGCCAAAAGCUUUCCCAAUACUCCAUCUAUAUUUCGAAAGAGAAAGGUAGGAAGUCAAGUACAUAUGCUUCAAAGUAAAAGUAGUAAAGUUAGUCAGGAACCUGUUGAAGGAAGGUUACAGGUGUCUAAUGGUCAGGGAAGAACUGAGUAUACUUCAGAGAAGACCGAGUCUCAAGAUGGAAGUCUGUCUCACAGUCCUUGUCGAGAUAAUAGCACCAUUAGGCCUAAUGAUAAAGCUUUUAAUGCCUCUCCUCCUUAUAGGUUGAAGUCCAAAAGAACUGCUGUUUUUAAGUCCGUAGAGAGACAACUUGAGUUUACUUUUGACAGGGACAGGUGUGAUAGUGCCAAGUCUGUGGGAUUAUCUGCAAAUGGGAGUUCUAUUGUUACUGAAGAUUGUUCUCAUGCAGCAAAGAUGGGAAUUACCUAGAGCACAACCUAGUAGCAGGAUGGGGCAUACAGUUGCAGUCAGCUGACAGUUCCCUCUUGGUGGAUGGAAACUUGACUUUCGGAUAUUAGUAAGCAGCUUCUCAGCAACCUGUUUCCAUCAUGUGCUCUAUCAAUGGAUGUCUUCAAUGUCAGUCUGAUCAAUCAUCUUGCAGAAGCUUGCACAGUUGCAUCCCUUGUUUUCUUGUAUAUGGGGGACUUAUCUUAAUUUUUUUUUUAAUCCAAAUUAUAUUCAGCUUUAGGCCUCUGGUAUCAGUAGAAUAAGAUAUGAUAGUUCCCAAUUAGUUUGUGGAUAAAUAUCAACUGUCAUCAGCUUUGUAUAGACUCCACUUUCAAGAAAAAAAAGAAAGAAAAAAGAAUGAUGCUCAAAAGAAUUUCAUAUCA